AUGUUGCCAGUGACCGUCUUGUCAAUGGGAGCGUUGGCCAGAUUUACUCCGAGUGGAAGCAGUCAAGUUAUGUACGGUCAGGCCGUACAGGUUGUCAACACAAUCGGAGGCACAGCGGCCGGAUCCUUCACUUCAUCGUCCAAGGUCGGUGCUUCUGGCAGUGCAAGCUCUUUUAAUGAUGUUAGCGUGGGCUCACUGGAAUCCAACGAGACGAUUACAUUCCCACCAUCUUCCAGUUCGGUGGGAUCCGCGGGUUCCUCCACUACUGUCACUACUAUCACUGAGUCGGAAGAGCAACAGCGCUUCGAUCAAGCCUUGGCUGACAUUGCGGAGCUUCAAAAGCUGCACCCUCAUGCCACUUUCUCAAUCAACUCACCUUUCGCACUUCUGACCUCGGACGAGUUCCUAUCCUACGUUAACCGCUUCGGUAUCGACCCUGACUCGAACCCCGUCAAGAACAGCACAAGCUCAACGGCUGGGAUGUUCACUAUGGACGCAGAAGACUCUGGUACCACGACGCCUUCCAGUAUUGGCAGUGACAUCAUGACCUCAGCGGCAGCUGCAGGUGAGACGGUAGAUUGGCAAGAGGCUGGAUGUGUUACGGCUGUCAAAGACCAGGGAGAGUGCGGUGCCUGUUGGGCGUUCUCAGCUACUGCAGCGAUGGAGUCUGGCUACUGUGUGGCAACCGGCUCGCUUCCCAGCUUGUCCGACCAACAGCUCAUUAGUUGUCACACUGAAGAUGGAAACAGAGGCUGCGGUGGUGGCUACGCUGCGUACUCCCUGGACUGGAUCGCUAACGAACGCAGAGGCAAAAUGUGCACGCUUGACACGUAUCCUUUAACGUCCGGUUACGAAUCGGUUCGUGAAGAUCCUGGCGCCAUUGAGGAUGCCUACUACUCAGGUGGCGUGCUUACGGGCGCUAACUGCGAUAAGACCGGGUCACACUCGGGACUGGCAGUGGGUUUCGGUGAGACGGAAGAUAACAUUCUGUAUUGGCGCAUUAAGAACCAGUGGGGUACUUCUUGGGGUGAGGAUGGCUACGUUCGUGUCCAGCGGCGCUUCUCCGGAGACAGCGAAGGUGCAUGCGGUGUAGAGCUAUACGCGACUUGGCCCACCUUUGACGUGUCGGCAACCCCUACGUCCUCUCCGACACCCACCACAUCUGCUCCUUCCGGUACAGCGGCCACUCCCUCCGUCACAACGGCAACGCCCCCAAUCACGACAAUGGCGCCUUCGACCAACCCGGUCACAGACACACCUUCUGCAACGAACGCCGUGCUGCCAGCGCAAGUGCCGCUUCGGGAUCUGACUCGACUAUCACGAAGGUUGGCGUUGACCAAAUGA